AUGAAAGCACUUGCAGAGGAAGGAACAAAGUUUUUGACAGUGCGUGAGGCGAUCAUCGGAGAUUUCAGCAACGACAUGACUGGUGCGAGAAAGUUCUUAUGCUCAGGGCCUUUGUUUAUUGUUGAGAAAGUGAUGGAACCACCAAAGAAAUGGAUGUACUUCUUUUUGUUCAAUGACAGACUUGUAGAGACAAUACCUGAGUUGUAUGAAGGGAAACCAGUGAAAGAUAUGUUAGACGCUUUUUCUAAAUUACGUGUCAUCAAACAAGUCGAUGAAUUAAAAAGUUGGAAGUUCCGUAUUACCAAGGAGUUUGUAUUCAAUUUGGACGUUGAGUUGGUGAACGUGCAACAGGAAGAGACGGUGUGCAAACAUCAAAUCGUAAUCAAAUCCUCACAAAUACCUUACAGAUUUUCAUCUUCAACGCUGUUGGAGUGCGACGUGUGGAUUUCACUAAUAUUUGACCAACUCGAAAAGAUCAGGAAAAACGAGAAGGCAAAACUCAAAAGAAGAAACGCAGUCAAUCUCGAGAGCGAAAGAAAAAUAUUUAAAGAAACGUUGGGCAGCUUCGACUUGGCAAAUCCACCUCCUUUGCCAAAGAAGCCAAGAGCUUUGGAUAGUAAGUGA